UGUCAAACUUAUUAAAGAUUGAGAUGGUUAACCGCCGUAAUAUUUAUUUCCAAUUGAAGUUUGAAAAAUUUUCCCGACGUGGAGUUAAGAAUUAUUACAUUCCUCUUCGCUAUGAGCAAACGAACUAUUAAAAAUCCAGAUGAGUCGCAAAUAAACGUAAAGAAGACCAAGGGACAUUGGGCGAUGGGUCUAUUAGAAACGAUGAAGGACCCAAAAUCUAUAUAUAAAGAAACCGAAAAUGUUGUUGUCAUACAUGAUAAAUAUCCAAAAGCUAAAAUUCAUUAUCUCGUAUUGCCCCGGGAUGAAAUUAGUAGUAUAUUUAAGUUGAACAAGUCACACAUAACUCUCUUAAAAGAAUUUGGUUCUAUAUUUCACACUAUUAUGGAAGACCACAAAAAUAACACUUUGCGAGCUGGUUUUCAUGCAGUUCCUAGUAUGCAAAGGCUUCAUAUGCAUAUUAUCAGCACAGACAUGAAUUCUGAAUGCCUGAAAACUAAAGUACACUGGAACAGCUUCACCACUAGCUUUUUUAUUCCAUAUGAUGAUUUAUUAAAGACACUCGAAGAAGAUGGUGUAAUACAAAAAAUAUCCAGUGACACACAUAAAUCUCUGUUAUCUCAACCUCUGAAAUGCAAUCAGUGCGAGUUCACCCCAAAAAACAUGCCACAGUUGAAACAACAUUUAUUAAGUCAUGUAAAUAAAAACCAUUUAUAAUUAUAAAAUAUAUAUCAUAUUUUGCUUAAUGUUAUAUAUGCAAAGAUAAAAAAUUGUGCUAUCUGAUUUUCA